AUGGCAAAUUUGCCAACAGCACGCGUAACUCCAGAACGGCCUUUUUACACGUCUGGUGUUGAUUACGCGGGGCCUUUUUAUCUUGUAGAAAAGUCUCGAAGUCGCUCUCAAACCAAAGCUUAUAUAUGUAUCUUUGUAUGUUUUGUAACGAAAGCGGUACAUAUCGAAUUGGCACAAAAUCUUUCAACAGAUGCCUUUUUUAAUUGUUUACGACGAUUUGUAUCGAGACGAGGACUGUGUAAAUAUCUUUAUUCUGAUAAUGGAACAAACUUUGUCGGAGCAAAAAAUGAGCUCAAAGAAUUAAAAUCCUUAUUGUCUAAUAGCAAAUUUCAGGAAAAUGUUCUCAGUUUUUUAUCCACUCAGCAAAUUGAUUGGAAAAUGAUUCCCCCCGCAACACCACAUUUUGGUGGACUUUGGGAAAGCGCGGUAAAAUCGGCGAAAUAUCACUUACAUCGCGUGGUAGGUGAAACCCGACUUACUUAUGAAGAAUUGUAUACUGUUUUAACACAAGUGGAAGCGUGUCUGAAUUCGCGUCCUUUGUCUCCCCUCUCACCAGACUUACAGAAUAUUCAACAAAAUCGACUAAAUCGAUAUCAGCAUAUGCAAUAUAUGACUCAACAUUUCUGGCAACGUUGGCAGAAAGAAUAUUUAAGUCAACUACAACAGCGUUACAAAUUGUCACAACACAAAGAGAACCUUAUUGCUCCGGGUACAUUGGUAAUUUUGAAAGAAGAUAAUUUACCACCAACAAGGUGGCGAUUAGGUCGAAUCACAGAACUUCAUCCAGGUAGUGAUAAUGUAACACGCGUAGUCUCUAUCCGAUUAGCAAACACUAUUGUAAAACGCCCGGUUUCUAAGGUGUGUAUUCUCCCGAUUGAGGAAUAUACAGACAAUAACAAGCAAACACAAUAG